CACAGUCUUUUAAAAAGCCUCUGUGUCCUCGUAGUGGUCGCGUCCAGGCAUAACUCCACACACACUCCGCUCUCCGGGUCCCAAGUGCAGUCCGAGUGCCUCGACAUGUCCGGAAACAAGAAGCAGAAAACGGAUAUCCAGAGGUCCACUAAUGUUGUGUAUCAGUCCCACAGCGUCAGCCGCAGUAAGAGAGGGCAGGUGGUGGGAACUAGAGAAGGAUUUAGAGGAUGCACCGUAUGGCUAACAGGUCUGUCCGGAGCUGGUAAGACCACAGUGGGCUUUGCGCUAGAGGAGUAUCUGGUCUCUCAUGGAAUCCCCUGCUACUCUCUGGAUGGAGAUAAUAUCCGACACGGUCUGAAUAAAGACCUGGGCUUCAGCUCAGCCGAACGUGAGGAGAACAUCCGCCGCAUCGCCGAGGUGGCCGGACUGUUCGCAGACGCUGGGCUCGUCUGCAUCACCAGCUUCAUCUCCCCUUUCACCAAGGACCGUGCAGAGGCUCGCAAGAUCCAUGAGACCGCUGGGCUUCCUUUUUUCGAGGUGUUUCUGAACGCAUCUCUGGAGGUGUGUGAGAAGAGGGAUGUGAAAGGGCUCUACAGGAAAGCACGAGCAGGAGAAAUUAAAGGCUUCACUGGGAUUGACUCCAAAUAUGAGAAACCGGAGGCUCCGGAGCUGGAGCUCAGAUCUGGAGAUCUCACAGUGAACGAGUGUAUUCUUCUGGUGGUGAACUUUCUCAAAGAAAAGGGUAUCAUUCCUACCGGCCAGACCGAAGAGGUCACUGAACUGUUUGUGCCACAAAACAAACUGAAGCUGGUCCAGUCUGACGCCAACACUCUGCCCACCAUCCCCAUCACCAAGUUGGACCUGCAGUGGGUGCAGGUGUUGGCCGAGGGUUGGGCGAGCCCCCUAACGGGCUUCAUGAGAGAGAGAGAGUACCUGCAAGCCCUUCAUUUCUGCAACCUGCUGGACAGUGGCACUAUCAACUUUUCUACACCCAUCGUCCUGCCUGUCGCCACGGAGACGAAAGAGAGUUUGUCCGGCAGUGCAGCGGUGGCGCUGGAGUACCAGGGGAGGAGGGUCGCUGUCCUGCGGAACCCAGAGUUCUUCCAGCAUCGUAAAGAAGAACGCUGUGCACGCCAGUGGGGAACCACCUGCACCAAACACCCCUACAUAAAGAUGGUGAUGGAGAGUGGUGAUUGGCUGGUGGGUGGGGACCUGGAGGUGCUGGAGCGAAUCAAAUGGAACGAUGGCCUGGAUCACUACCGCCUCACGCCGCAGGAGCUGAAACAGAAAUUCAAAGAAAUGAAAGCAGAUGCCGUGUUUGCAUUUCAGCUGAGAAACCCGGUGCACAACGGCCACGCCCUGCUGAUGACGGACACGCGGCGGAAGCUGGAGGAACGUGGGUAUCGUAGGCCGGUGCUGCUGCUGCACCCUUUGGGAGGCUGGACGAAAGACGAUGACGUUCCCCUGGACUGGCGGAUGAAACAGCACGCUGCUGUUCUGGAAGAUGGCAUCCUUGACCCUAAUUCAACCAUUGUGGCUAUCUUCCCUUCACCCAUGAUGUAUGCUGGACCUACCGAGGUGCAGUGGCAUUGCAGGGCUAGAAUGAUGGCUGGGGUUAAUUUCUACAUCGUGGGACGAGACCCUGCCGGCAUGCCACACCCAGAGUCAGGGCAGGACCUGUACGAUCCAUCUCAUGGGGCUAAAGUGCUGUCCAUGGCUCCAGGGUUGACCUCUGUGGAGAUCAUCCCUUUCAGGGUGGCCGCGUACAACAAGAACAAGAAGGCUAUGGACUUCUACGACAAGGACAGACACGCUGAGUUUGAGUUCAUCUCAGGGACAAAGAUGCGGAGUUUGGCUCGCAGUGGACAGAACCCUCCAGAUGGCUUCAUGGCCCCCAAAGCCUGGAAGAUCCUAACUGAGUACUACACAUCUAUGCAGAAAGAGCAGUAACAGCACAGCAAUGAGCAGCCGAACGGGAUUCUCCUGCUUUUUAAUGAGACCACCAUUCGGAAACCAAUCACAGACAGUGGAGCCUCGUAAUACCUCAGAGUCUUAGGAUAUGAAUUAUUUCAUUGUGUGAACUAGUUGUUCGAAACGAAACCCAGGGAGUGCCUCAGUCAGUCGAUACCUGGUUAAUCAUGACCUUAUCAGGCUGCUUCAUGUUCACUUUCUUAAGAUAUGCAUUAUUUAAUGAAAAAGGGAUGGAAUGAGAAUGUGAGUGAAUCCUGUUUUUUUAAAUCAAGUCUAACCCAAAGUGCCUUAAUAUGAAGGACCAAAUGCCCGCACAUUGGGUGCUAUGCAUUUUUAUUGUUUGAUAAUAUAUUUUGAAUACAACCAUAAUUAAGUAUAUAUUUACAUUCAAAAGGUGACUGAGUGCAGCUUUUUACAUUGUAUAUUUAUAUAACUUGUACUAUGCGCCUGACUGUGAUUGUGAUUUUCAGCUGACUGAAAAACCUUUGAGAUGUGCCUUGUUUUGAAUAGUAUUUUAGGGCUGCACGAUAUAUCAUUUGAUAAAUGAUACUACGAUAUUAACACAUCUGCUUUCUAUGCUGUACACUGGGGUUCAAUCCCCAUCUGGGUGAAUACCCUACACUAUACCAAUAAGAGUCCUUGGGCAAGACUCCUAACACUGCCUUCCCCUACCUGUGUAAAAUGAUCACAUUUUAAGUUGCUCUGGGUAAGAGUGUCUGCCAAAUGCUGUAAAUGGUAAAUGAUAUUACAGAAGUCUGGACUAUGCAAAUGAGCCUCUAACAUCAGGGGUCUUAAACUACCAGCCCACAAGACAAGCUUCAUACAGCCCAUUGCAUAUUUACAAUUUAUCCUUAAAUCUGGCUAUUUUGUUUUUCUGAGGGGUAGAUUUGCUUCGCCACCAGACGCCGUGGCCAGUUUCCCCUAUAUAAGCUACAGUCUUUCACAAAUAUUGGUACCCCUGGUAAAUGAGAAAAACAGGAUGUAAAAAAACUUUCUUUAUUGCUUACGUUUAUUAAAUUUAAUUCAAAAUGUUAACAAAAAAGUCUAACCUUUACUCGAUGUGCAAUGAUAAAAAAAUGUAAUUAGGAAAUAAAUAUUUUCCUCAAAUCUAUGUGCCAUGAUUAUUGGCACCCUUUCAUUUAAUCAUUUGUGCAGCCUCCCUUUGCAAAGAUAACAGCUCUGAGCUUUCUCCUAUAAUGUUUAAUGAGACUGAAGAACACACAGUAAGAGAUCUGAGAUCAUUCCUCCAUACAGAACCUCUCCACAUCCUUCAGAUUCCGAAGUUCACACCGUGGACUCUCCUCUUCAGCUCAUCCCACAGGUUUUCUAUGGUUUAGGUCAGGGGACUGGAGUGGCCAUGGUCUGUGAACCAUUUUUCUCUUGAUUUUGAAGUGUGUUUUGGAUCAUUGUCCUGCUGGAAGGUCCAAACUAUGGCCCAGUUUGAGCUUCCUGGCUAAGGCAGGAUUUUUCUGCUGGUAUUUGAUGGAGUGUGCGAUGCCAUGUAUCUGUAUAAGCUGUCCAGGGCCUUUGGAAGAAAAACAGCCCCACAACAUCACAGAUCCACCACCAUACUUCACACUGAGGAUGAGCUACUUUUCUGCAUGGCUAUCUUUGUGUUUAUGCCAAACUUACCUUUGGUGUUUGUUGCCAAAAAGCUCUAUUUUGGUCUCAUCUGACCAGAGAACAUCGUCCCACUGAAAGUUCCAGUAAUGUUUCGCAAACUGUAGGAGUUUCCUGACCUGACAGCAGAGACUUCCUUCUGGCCACCUCCAAACAACUUGUGGUUCUAUAGGUGGUGUUUGACUGUGGUUUGGGAGACGUUCUGACCGCAAGAUCUAACUAAUGUCUGCAGCUCCCCAUCUGUGAUCCUUGGAGAUUCUUUGUCCACUCGAACCCUCUUCCUCACUGUGUGUGGGGUCAGCACAAACAUGCGUCCUCUUCCUGGCAGAUUCUUAACAUCUCCAGUUGCUUUAAACUUCUUAAUUAUUGACCUGUUAGUGGAAAAGAGUGUUUAGCUAUUUUCUUCUAGCCAUUUUCUGAUUUGUGCAACCUUUUGUUGCACAUCGCUGCUGUUCUCUCUGGUCUUUCUCGUCAACGAUGGACGACUGAGGGAAUUUGCUCGGUUUUUCAUUUCAUAUAUAUUCCCCAGUGAAUCAGGACAUCAUGGCUGACCAUGUAAGUGUUCCUUUUAACUCAGUUGAAACAUGAAAUAUAAUUAGGAAUAUACUUUGGUUAGAUUUCACCAAGAAUUUCUAGGGGUGGCAAUAACUGUGGCACACAUAGAUUUGAGAAAAAUAUUAAUUUCAUGACAAGAUUUUUUUUUUCAAUCAUUAUACCGUAAAUACAGGUUUUAUUUUUGGCAAUAUUUUAAAAUGAAAGAUCAAACGGAUAAAUAAGAAUAUUUUUUUACAGCUCAUUUUGCUCAUGAUUACCAGGGGUGCCAAUAUUUGUAGAGGAUAUAUAAAAUCAGUAUAAAAUCAGUUUAGUGUUAAAAGAAGAACCAUUCAAACAAAACCUGAUGCAGCAUCAAUGCUGUACAAUGAGCCGUGACUAUAAUUUAGCUAUUCUAAUUCAGACUGAUGGUUAAAUCUGCCUUCAUGGAUUCAUUCAUGACAAAAUGGAAGACAGAGUGUGUCAGAAUUAAAAAAUGAAUGGACUUCUUAAACAACUGCUUUCACAAUAAAAGUCCCAUAUAAUUCUACUGUAAAAUGUAAGUUCACUUGAUUCAGUUGAACACUAAAAUAUUUAUUAAACACUAUGUAUCUAUACUACUACUACUGUUAUUACUACCCUGCUUUCAAAGAAGUUGGUACACUGUGCAAAAUGUAAAUAAAAUACAGAAUGGAA